GCAGCUACUCCUGCCCUGGAGGGCCUGGCUGGCAUCAAGGCCCGCAUCGCCGCCCUCCGCCCCUUCUCCGAGUGGGCGGCGGAGGUGGCGAGGCUCGAGUCUGCGGCGGCCGAGCUGCAAGAGGCGGAGCGUGCUGCCCGGCCUCUCGAGCGCCGGCUGCAGUCCGCGUUGGACUCGCGGCGGAACCGCGCCGAAGCGGCGCGGCGUGCCCAGGAGGCCGCGGCGGCUGCUCGGACCGCGGCCGAGGAGGCUCAGCGGGCUGGCGAGGCAGCCGACGCCCGCGCUGCCCAAGCAAUCUCCGAGGCGCAGGCUGCGGAGCAGGCGGUCGCUGCGGUGCAGGCGGAGGUGGCUGCUGCAGGCGCGGCGGCGUGCCUGGCCGCCGACGCUGGGGUCGCGGGGCUCGAUGGUGCCGCUGGCGCGGCGGCGGGCCUGGACGCCGCCGGCGAUCCCGCGAUGCCCGAGGCCGCGGCCGCGGCCGCGGCGACCGCCGCCGCGCGGUCAGCGUACGCUGCCGCUGGUGCCAGCAGCUGGCCGGGGCGCACCGGCAGCAGAGGCUGCAGUUCAUGCGGCUGCAGGCUUCUAACCGGUGUGCUGCAGCUGCUGCGGAUGGCGUUGCCGCCGCGCGAUUGCCGACUGCGGAGCCCUUGGUGCGGCGUCCGCGUCGGCGAGGCUCGGCACCCAGGGCCCGAGCAGACCUCCGACGACUGGCCGACGCCGCUGGUUGAGACCGAGGUGGCCGAUCAGGGUCCGUCACUUGGCCAGGCGCUGGUGGCCCCAGCACUGGCCGUCGACGCGGCGGCCUCGUCCAGCAGGCGGCGACGGCAUGCGACGUUUUGCACUCAGUGCCAGCUGCCCCGGACCGGCGGCCAGGCUAAGAGAGACGAGUCUCUCUUGAAAUGCGUGGAGUGCGAGGGCGGCAUCGAGUACCGAAAGUGGAUAUACCGGUGCUCCUCCUGCCCCACGCUACUGCUGGCGCUUCGACAACUUUCGGUCGUUCGCCGCGUACCGCUGGCGAGAUGGGUGCCCACGCGGUUCGCUCGCCAGUACGCCGCUGUCCGCUUGCAGGCCCUCGACAGGGUCAUGGAUGCUUUGGACUCUGACCUCCCGCCGUUGGCGCAGGAGGAGCUCAACCUACUGGCGCUCGCGGUGCCGCACCUCCUGCUUCGCGAGCGCGUUGCCGAGUCAGACGAGCAUGCCGCAGUCCAGCCGGACCCUGACGAGGCCGGCGGGGAGAAAGACCAGCCCCAGCAGAGCUUCGCCCGCCUCCUCCGCGCGAGGAUGCAGAUCGCCAAUGCUGCUGAGUGGCUUGACCUCGUCACUGCUGCCGCUCAGGACGAACGCAAGUGGGCUGCGGGUCAUGCCGAGCGUGGCGCUGGACAUGCCAGCCACCUGCGGGACGCACCGCCUGCUCCGGUUACCGCCGAUGCAGGCGGGGAGCCGGCCACCCAGCAGGAGACGUACGAGAAGCUGACCGCGCUGUUGCCGCCUGCUUCCGCCGAGGCUCGUGCCUCGCGACCGCCAGCCCCGCCAGUGUCCAAGUGCAGCCCCGUCGAGCGCAAGCAGUUGCCGGCCUUCAUCCGGCAGCCGUGGCUCCACAUGCAGCUCAUUGCCUCGGACAAGGGCGGGGGCAAGGCGCGCCCCAUCGUGUUCCAGGAGGUCCUGUUCAAGCUCGCCGCGGGCACCAUCAGCCGCGCGGAGCUCCACAGGGUUUCCGCGCACGUCGGCAGCAACCAGCAUGCGCUCGGCGCAGAGAGUGGCACUGCCGCCCUCAUCACCGAGGUCCAGGCGGACAUGGCGGCCCACCCGCACUGGGUCUACCUCGGGCUCGACCUCGAGAACGCCUUCGGCACUGCCCGCCGCCAGGACGCCUACGAGCAGGCCCGCGCCUGCUCUCCGCGCAUGGCGACACUGCAGCACAACAUGUGGUUCGGGGGAGUCCGGCAGCUGUGCUACGUCCAGGUGGGGGAGCAGUUCAAGACGCUGGAGAUGCAGGAGGGUUGCUGCCAGGGCGGCUGCAGUGCAACCUCGGACUUCGGCCUCGCACUCUCGGCCAGCAUUCGCGACAUCUCUGAGGCCUACUCCAAGGCGUUCGCAGAUAAGUCCUCUCGCCCGCGUCUCCGCCUUUUCGUCGACGACGUCUGCGUCGCCGCUCCGCGUGAGCACUGGCUGCAAGCGAUGCGGAUCGCGACGCAGUGCUUUGCGGCACGGGGGCUGAAACUGCGCGUCGACAAGACCAAAGCCCACGUGCCAGCUGCCCGUUCAGACCCGGCCCUCGCUGGCGAUCUCGCUGCCGAGCUGCGCCCGCAUGCUGAAUUCGACGCGUCUGGUCUUACUCUCCUUGGCGCUCACGCCGAAGGCGAGUGCAGCACGCAUUUUAGUUUCGACGGGGCCACCCUCGGCCCAGUGCAAAAGCGGUGCGAGAAAGCGAUCGCAUUCGCUUCGAUUUUAAAGCGAGUUGCGCAUGCCGAGCUCGCUUGCCGCAAGUUGGGCCCUCUAUGGAAGCUUGUUUGCUUGGUCUUGAACCGCGCUCUGUCCUACGACGCCUGUGUUGUGAAGCCGGCAGCCUUCCUGCCGUACGCAC